ACAGAUGUGAAGUUGUUAACCAGUCGAUUAUGUGGGGGAAAUAUUUUGAAAGAAGGAGAGGACCCAGUAUUAAAAGACAAAUCUGAAUAUCCUGAUUGGCUAUGGAGUUUAAGAUUAACUAGAUCUCCACCUCCUUUGGAAGAAAUUGAUCAGGAUAGUUGGCAGUAUUGGAAAAGAGUCAACAAAUUAGAUAAAAAACGAAGGGGUCAAGAACUGGCCCUUAAAUACAAAUAUCAUAAAUUUUAA